UGAGAAAGACGGUUGCAGAACUUCAUCCGACAGCAUGAGCGCCGCGCUCCGCACACAUCCUCUGCUUUUCACCACCGCACUUCUCUGCAUUGUUGUGGAGCAGCUCCUGUAGUAAACGCAUUUCUGCUCUGAAUACUUGUUAAUGGUUUCUAACUUCAUGGGAGAACCAAAGCACAGAAGUUUCAUGUUUGGGGGAGAAGUCUGAACCCAGCAAUGCCCAGGAGAGAGCCCAAAAUGAUUGUCCUGCUCUACGUGACAAGUCUUGCCAUCUGUGCGAGUGGACAACCUCGGGGCAAUCAGGCCAAGGGAGAGAGCUACUCUCCAAGGUACAUCUGCAGCAUUCCCGGCUUACCGGGUCCCCCAGGCCCUCCUGGAGCAAAUGGCUCCCCUGGGCCCCAUGGUCGCAUUGGCCUUCCUGGAAGGGAUGGUAGAGAUGGCAGGAAAGGAGAGAAAGGAGAAAAGGGCACUGCAGGUCUAAAAGGUAAAACUGGACCCCUGGGCCUUGCUGGUGAAAAAGGAGACCAAGGAGAGACUGGGAAGAAAGGACCCAUGGGACCAGAGGGUGAGAAAGGAGAAGUCGGCCCAGCAGGGCCUCCUGGGCCAAAGGGAGACCGAGGAGAUCAAGGGGACCCAGGGCUGCCUGGAGUAUGCAGAUGUGGAAGCAUUGUGCUUAAAUCGGCCUUUUCAGUUGGCAUCACAACCAGCUACCCAGAAGAAAGGCUCCCCAUCAUAUUUAACAAGGUCCUCUUCAAUGAGGGGGAACACUACAACCCUGCCACGGGGAAGUUCAUUUGUGCUUUCCCAGGGAUCUAUUACUUUUCUUACGAUAUCACUUUGGCCAAUAAGCAUCUAGCAAUUGGGCUGGUACACAAUGGGCAGUACCGAAUAAGGACCUUUGAUGCCAACACAGGGAACCAUGACGUGGCUUCAGGGUCCACAGUCAUCUAUCUGCAGCCAGAAGAUGAGGUCUGGCUGGAGAUCUUCUUCAAUGACCAGAACGGCCUCUUCUCAGACCCAGGCUGGGCAGACAGCUUAUUCUCUGGAUUUCUCCUCUACGUUGACACAGAUUACCUAGAUUCUUUAUCAGAAGAUGAUGAGCUGUGAUUCAUGUUACCUGACUGUGGUAACAUGAAUACCACAGUGGCUUACAUUUUGAGUUAAUCUGGGGGUGCUGGAAGGUGGAGCAAGGGACAAAAGGAUUCAAAAACUCCGUUUACAGACAGCUCCGGCAGAAUUUAUCAAACUAAGACAAACCACCGACCAGCUGAAAUCACAACAAAAUGAACGAUAUAAAAUAACCCCAGACAUGAACCCCUUGAAAGUAAUGAUGACAAAUAUUUAAGAAAUUAAAGAUAAUAUUAACAAAUUUGAAUGCCCUUGGC